AUGGAUGCAUUCUGGAUUUCCGGUCUCCAACUGAGUGCUCUUGCUACCACACUCUUCGAGCUUCGAAGGAAGAUGUCUAUCAACAUCUUCGCCAUCUCUACUGUCGCUCUUGCAGCUGUCACUGUCUCAGCUAACCACGCUGUCUCGUUCACUAACAAUUGUGGAUCGAGUAUCCGUCCGAUCAUCAAGAACACCGCUAACGGUGUGACCUACACCGGACCAUGGCUCUCCAAGGGACAGGGCUCAUCGAGCAGUUGGCCGUCUGGAAUCAUCGUUGGCCAGACUAACGCUAACCAGGGCAACGACUGUGUCGGCUGCACCCGUCUCGAGUGCGACUUUGCCAACUCUAAUCCUUUCUUCCACUGCUGCCAGCUCUCGCGUGAGGCCGGUUUCCAUAUUGGCAUGAGCUUCUCCUGGACUGAAGGAGGAUGCAAGGGUGAUAUUUGCAAAUCUGCUUCGUGCCCGCUUUCCGGUCCCUGGUACCCCUGGCCCGUCGACGAUGGUAGCUCGCUCCACUGCUGCCCUACCGCCAAUGUCGGUCUCAAGAUCACUUUCUGCCCUUAA